UUGUGUUGAAAGCUACAGCUGCCACCUUAACGCACUUGCUCAGCAGCCGAAUUAGAGUCGCUGCCUGUCCCUCUCGCCCACGCACGGUCAUUUUAGAUGGGGCGAGAGGGAGAAAGGGCAGCGGAGGGGGGGGGUAGAGGCAGAGAAGGAAGAGAGAAGUUCUGGGACUUUUUCUCGUCCCAGAAAACCGGCUGGAAACGGAUCCACAUGCAAACAGCUGGAAGAGCUAAAACGGGAAAGCACAAACCGCUGGCAUAUUUUCUUUUUUUUUGUAGGAACGCAACCGGUUUUAAUUUGCAACUAUUUCUAGCCCUGGGUUGUUCUUAUUUGAGCGCUUUCGCUUACGUUUUUAUCCCUUUGCAAGAUUUUUUUUUCUUUUUAAAAAAGUCCAAAUGUCAGUGGAUAUGAGUGGAAAAAGCCUCAAGUGGGUUUAAACAAAGCAAUGCUUCUUCUCCUUCUUCUUCUCCUUCUCUCCCUCCCCUCCCCCCAAUCUCCAGCCCAAGUGUGUGCUGGAAUAUUGGUUUUAAUUGAUUUGCACAAGGAUCUUAUUUAUUAGAAUGUCGCAAUCCCCGAAAGGUGGGUGGGGGAGGAGCGAUGGAGGAAAGUACCUAGCAAUGGAGGCAGCCUGGUUUCAGCGAUACUCCCUCUCCCCCCUUCCCCCCCCCCAAGAAUAGUGUUUCUGUCAUCAAAGCAAGCUCGGCUGGGGUUGUAAACAAGAGCUGGAAAAAGUCGCCUGGCACGUUGGUGCAGAUCUUGAUGGGAGACAAGAGGGCUGCUGUUUCUCCUUUCUGGCCCGAUGUGAAAUGGAGAAGUAUCUGACACCUCAGCUCCCUCCUGCCCCGGUUCUCCCUGAGCAUAAAAAGUACCGCCGAGAGAGUGCCUCCGUGGUCGACCAGUUCUUCACCAACAGUGAAGGGGUGCCUUACAGCGUCAACAUGAACAUCUACCUUCCUGAUAUCACACAGCUGAGGACGGGCUUGUACAAAUCGCAGAGGCCACCGGUGACCCACAUCAAGACGGAGCCCGUGACAGCCUUCAGCCACCAGAGUGAAACUGUUGCUCCCGUCCCCAACCCAACCCAGGCGCUCCCCGAGUUUACAAGCAUCUUCAGCCCCCACCAGACACCCGAUGUGAACAACCUCUUCAUCAAGCAGGAGAUUCCCAGUCCAGAUAUCCACGUCUCUGUGCCCCAACAAGGCCAGCUGUAUCAGCUCCUGAGCUCUCCCGAUUUAGACAUGCCCAACCCGACUACGCAAGCUGCGGUGAUGGACUCCUUCAGUAACGUCUCCAUGUCCUCUGCCAUGGCGGGCCUUAACACCCUGUCCUCCGCUAUGCCGCCGACGACCAUGAAGCAGUUUCACGCGAUGCCCCCUUGCACGUACACCAUGCCAAACCAGUUUCUCCAGCAACAAGCCACUUACUUCCCGCCUUCCCCCCCAAGCUCGGAGCCUGGCAGCCCAGACAGGCAAGCAGAAAUGCUGCAGAAUUUGACCCCUCCUCCGUCUUACGCUGCUACGAUUGCCUCCAAGAUGGCGAUCCACAAUCCCAGUGUGCCUGCAAACAUCCCCAUGAAUUCGCCAGCCAUCCCAGCGCCCAGGUACAACAGGAGGAGUAACCCAGACUUGGAGAAGAGGCGUGUUCAUUACUGUGAUUAUCCUGGUUGCACUAAAGUCUAUACGAAGUCUUCCCACUUAAAAGCGCACCUGCGAACUCAUACUGGAGAGAAGCCAUACAAAUGCACAUGGGAAGGAUGUGACUGGAGAUUUGCGCGCUCCGACGAGUUGACCCGCCACUACAGAAAGCACACUGGGGCCAAACCUUUCCAGUGUGCCGUGUGCAGUCGCAGCUUUUCUCGGUCUGACCACUUGGCUCUGCACAUGAAAAGACAUCAGAACUAGGCUGGACUUGUCCAUGAGGCUCUUUGGUAUCUAUGCAACUUCCUAGUGACUCGGUUAAAGUAUAUAUACGUUCAGUUAGAAUUAGCUUAAGUGUUUUGACUGCAUAUGAACUGCUCUCCAUUUUUAAAAAGAGGAAAAAUUGCGAAAGAAACUGGAAGUGUAUAUUUUGUAUAUUUAUGAGGAAACAGGGAAGACACUGUGUCACAAUACUGAUGGUUUCGCCAUGUCAUGGCCACGUGACUUGCUCUUCAUGCAUUUGACUUCAGCCCCCCACAGAUGUCAUCUCAGGGCUCUCUACCGUGGUAUAUAUUUUGCAGAUAGGAUUAACUGGUUCCAUGUAUGCAUAGGCAAAAACAUUUUGCAGGAAGAGGUUGCCCAAGUGUGUGGUUUCUGUGCCGUCAUGGGAGCCAUUUUCCAGAUUUUGGCUAAUGACAUGUAUCGGGGAGCCAGGGUUUUGCGGUUAACUGUUUUACCACAUGGCGACUUGCGUUCAUAUAUCACAGUAAUCCAUGAACAAGCAAUGCGGCCAUGCUUGUUUCCCAGCUGCUGCUGCUGCUGCUUCACUACUCUGCUUGCGUGAGCAGAAGAAACAAACCGGAGACCUUGGCUUGGCGUGUUUUCCAAACCCAGAACCGUGGUUUGUUCCAGCAAACCACGGUCCCAGCUUCAGGUGGCACAAUAAGCAAGGUUUGUGUUGUUCCCACAUGCGCCAGUUGAGGAGCGGUCAACAAACACACACGACGACUCUGCUCAUUCACGAUAAGCUGUGAUUUAUGGCUUACGGUGAAGCCAAUGCAGUCUGGCAAGCUCUUCUUGUCUGUGGAGGUAAACAAGUGUCUAUGGACAUAUCUGCACCACAGGUAUUUAAUGCCCAUAAAUAACCCUUUUGCUGGGGACUCUUGGAUACUGUUUUGUGAUGGGGGAAUCUGUGACAGAUCAAACUAUGCGACCCCCGGGAUUCCUUUAAGGAAAGCAAUGACAGUUAAUUGGUAUGGAGCUGAUUAAAGUAUGUUGUAUUGAAGUGCCCCAUCUCACGUCUGCAAAGUAUAACAUGACGAGGUGUCCCUAAAUGUAAGUAUUAAGUCUCAAAAGCUCUGGAAUCUAUGUUUUUGGGGCCCUGACCAAGACACUCUUGCUUUGGUAAGCAGUGUUUAGGAAAACUAAUUUAAUUUACAGCUAAGUGAAUCUAAGAGGACAAGCCACCAUUUAUUUUCUGUCAGAAUUUUACUGGAUGUUUUAUUACUUGUUAUAUUUUAUAAAAAAAGAUUUUUUUUUCUGUGGAGAUGAAAUAUAUAUAUAUAUACACACACAAAUUCAUAAAUAGCCAUAGAACAAAAUGUUCUGUAAGUUGCAUGUUUGCUAUGACAAAGAUUUUGUAAAUAUGCAGAUCAGCUUAUAAUGUUUUCUUACAAAAGGAUUUUCUAGAAAUCAGCUGGGAAAAGUAGCAACCAUCUUACUUUGGACGGUUUUAAUGUGGCACAUUUAAGAAUCGAACCAUCUUUUUAAAAUACCUCUCAAACAGAGUUAGCCGCCUUGGUUUCACAUAAUGAGCUAGCCAUUCAAUCACUUUUCUUAUUGUCCACACGGAUGUGAUGCACUGAGAAUUCAAAACAGAUCACGCUUCCUCCCCCUAAAAUGUUUUGCAAGUGCAAAAUAUUUUGCAAAAUAUGAACUGUUAAGCAACUGCCAGGAGCUUAAAUAACAAGGGUGGAUCAGAUACAUAAUGUUAAACCUCUUACUAUAAGCUAAACUUAAUAUUGCUUUAAAAAGGAUUUAGAAUGUGGGUUUAGAAUAUCAAAACACUAAGCUGGUUCAACACCAGCACAAUCUAAUUCUGUGUGGAUUUUUUUUGCCCCCGAUUCAACUGUAUUGAGUGUGCGUGUAGCCCUUUCAAACAAGCUGCGUUGAUCAGCUCUCUGGAGCAUGGAAAGGGGGCUGUGGGAAUCUGAUGUUGGUGUGGUUUGUAGCCUGUUUGAUCGAUAUGUUCAGGCCCAGCUCAGGUUCUGGUAUCAAAUGCACACAGCACCUGUUUGUGUGUGUUGCAUUCCCGGUGCAGCUAGUGAUAAUUAAUGUGUACUGAAACUUUCUGUGUAUUUGUCUAUGUAAUAUGGAUCUGGGGGGACGGCAGAGGCUGGGACCUGACUUGUAGCUUUCGCAAAGGCAAAGGAUACUGCAGUUUCUCCUCCCCCAAAGUUUGCUAGUUAAAAUGUAAACGAUGCUGUAAUCCCCCCCCCAAAAUAAAACCCAACAAACACCCCUUUCUAAUUAAAGCAUAAACACGUUUUGUAAAAUUGGAGUUCUAACACUAAGAGGGAAUGUUUUCUGCUGCUGGAAUCUAGCUUAAUAUACCAUAGCUGAGGACAGGAUGAGAGAGGGGCGGGAAGUGUUUCUGCUCAUACGCAAACCUCAUCCCAUUUUAAAUUGGGGGGAAGGCACUACCAGUUGGAAUGCGGUUACCUAGAGCAAAAAAACCCGUGUUUUGUGGCUCUUUGAGCGACGAGCUCCCACUGCUGAAAUUUCGCUUUCUGCCUAGCUAUUAAAAGGUACGGGAGCCUUGUCUGCAUGUGACCACAGCAAUGGCUCCACCAUCUUACCUAGCUCGAAAUGAUAAGGAAGGCAAGAUGAGUUGAACCACAAAAGAGUGGUGGAUUUUUAUUGUCGGAACCGAACAGGGAAAAGGAAGUCCGGUGCGUUAACUUUCAAUGGUGUUCUGUCUUCAAGAGUAACUGUUCUGCCCAUUCUCAUGGGUUUCAGAAAAUGAUCUGUGACUAGUUCUGCAUUAAUUUUUUUUUAAAAAAAAUCAAGUGGUGGCCUUUCAAACUUUAUUUUAAUUCAACAUAAAAUUUCACAGGUUAAUCUGUUUCAGAGGCAGUAAUGGAAAUGGUACUAGCAAGCAGCACAAGGCAGUUAGAUACACAAGAGUAAAAUGUGCACUGUGACCAACAGUGGAAGAAUCCUGUGCAUGUUUGCUUGCAAAUAAGUCCCACUCUGUUUAUUUACUUCUAACACCUUAGCUUUAGAAGACUGCUGCCUCAGGCAUUAUAAUGGGUUGAAUCCUGACAAAAUCUGAGCACUUCCAGGUCUAAUUGGCUUCAGUGGGACAAAGUAAUGUGUGCUCUUAACAGUGCUUAUGUAUAGUUACUUGCAAGUAGGUCCUAUUCUAUUCUGUGGGGCUUACUCCCAAGUGAAUGUAGAGUUGGAGUGGAGGUCUCUUCCUGGAAUCUGAGACCUAAAAUCUUUACUAGAUUGUAGCUGAGAUUGCUAUUCAGGUCCUCGUUUAUGAAUUCUUGCUGUGCCCCCUCUCGCUCAGGAGAAAGGGCAGGAUAUAAACCAGGCAUAGGCAAACUCAGCCCUCCAGAUGUUUGCCUAUGCCUGAUAUAAACUGGGUAAAUCAUAACGCACAGUUCCAGGUUUCCCCAGAAAACCACAAAUUAUUCCGAGCCUUAUCCUUCAUUGCCAACCAGGUCCUUAAUGCUGGAUUCCGAGCAGCAGAGGAAGGGAUUGAGUUGUAGGAUACGGUCAGAUUGCACCCAUAAGUACGGUAAUUCAGUUACGGGGGGGGGGGGGGGUUGAUUUGCGAGGCAAGCUUUUCUUUGCAGCAGAGUUCUGAGCCUUUGCCCCUUCCUAACAGCUAAUUAACAAGCUGCUUUAGAAACUCUGGUUUGUUUUUUAAAAGUUUUUAGCCUAUUUCCUUGUUCUUUCCCAUUGUGCACGUCUUGGAGCCUAAGAUCCAAGGGUGUAGAGGGUUCUGAAGUUGUGCACAGCGCUGCCUUUGGCAUGAGGGGAGACACUCCAGCAUGGGCUCAGAAGCCCUCACAUGCGCUUUGGCCCCCCAUCUCCGCAUCAUGGCCACUGAGCUGCAAUGUUAUGCUGUCAACCAAAGGGUAGAAACUAAAGUUAACUAACCAAUAUGCCAAAAAAAAGCGGGGAGGGGAGAAAGGCCUCAAAGCAAAACUUUGUUCAGACUUAUUGUUUGCGUCUUUUAUUUAUUUUUGUGGUAUAUGGUAGAGAUUUUUUUUUAAAGAAAAAUUUCCACAAACUUGAUAAAUUAAAGUUGUUUAUAGCUUUUUUUUUUCUAAAAAAAAAGAAAAAGCAUUGCUCUUAAUUGUAAAUAGAUGAUGGGAAAAGAUGUACAUAUUUUUUUUGUAAGGCUUCAGAUGUUUAAUCCUGGAAAGAAAAAAAAACACAAGCAUAUUGUUUUGCUGCUCUUCCCCUGCUACUCUGCCCACUCCCCGUCCUUAUUUUUGUAUGGCGAUAUAUCCUAUGCAAAUGAUCAAGCAAAACAGCUGUAUCAUUACUGAAAGAGAAUGAGAUGCUUUAUAUAUAUAUAUAUGACCUUUUUUUUUGGAAAAUAAAAAGUGCCUAAAAGCA